UGAAAAAAGUGAAAUAAAAUAAAAUCAGCAAGGAUGCGUUACGUAGCUGCUUAUCUUCUGGCGGUCCUCGGGGGCACAGAGAGCCCUAGCAUUGCUGACCUGACAAAGAUCCUUAGCAGUGUUGGCAUUGAAACAGAUCAACAGCGUGCAGAGAAGGUUGUUAAAGAACUGAAGGGCAAAAGCAUUGAUGAAGUUAUUGCCCAAGGUAACACCAAAUUAGCCAGCAUGCCAUCUGGAGGUGCCGUGGCUGCCGCUGCCAGUGGUGGAUCUGCUGCCCCUGCUGCUGGAGGAUCAGCUGCUCCCGCUGAGGAGAAGAAGGAAGAGAAGAAAGAAGAGUCUGAGGAAUCUGAUGAUGAUAUGGGCUUUGGACUCUUUGAUUAGAAGGAUCACUGCUUUCAAACACAUCAAUAAAAGACAGUUAUUUAUA